AGCACCAGCCCCAAGGCCAGCCCACUCUGGCUCACCCAGACACACUAAACUUAGCUUCCGCACCCACUCCACGGCCACUGCCACCACGCUAAUCGAGCUGCCACUUCCCCUGCUCAGAGCCCUCACACCUCAGUGACCACCAUGUCCCAGACCAAAUCCCUGAAGAUCCGCGUGACCCUCUUCUUCAUCCUGGUGGGCAUGGUGUUGGCCAUGGUGGCCGUGGUGACGGACCACUGGGCCGUGCUGAGUCCCCACAUGGAACAGCACAACACUACCUGCGAGGCGGCCCACUUCGGCCUCUGGAGGAUCUGCACCGCGCGCAUCGCAGUGGAUGCCAGGAGGGACAGGAGCUGCAAGCACCUCACCCUGUCUGGGGAGAAGAACUGUUCCUACUUCAGACAUUUCAACCCAGGCGAGAGCUCGGAGAUCUUUGAAUUCACCACUCAGAAGGAAUACAGCAUCUCAGCGGCAGCCAUAGCCAUCUUCUGCCUGGGCUUCAUCAUCGUGGGCACCAUCUGUGCGCUCCUGUCCUUCGGAAAGAAGCGGGAUUACCUGCUGCGGCCGGCAUCCAUGUUCUAUGCCUUCGCAGGGCUCUGCAUCUUGGUCUCCGUGGAGGUCAUGAGGCAGUCGGUGAUGCGCAUGAUUGCCAGUACGGACACCGUCUGGAUCGAGUACUUCUACUCCUGGUCCUUUGCCUGCGCCUGCGCAGCCUUCAUCCUGCUCUUCCUCGGGGGCGUUGCCCUCCUGCUCUUCUCUCUGCCUCGAAUGCCCCAGAACCCCUGGGAGUCCUGCAUGGAUGCUGAGCCUGAGCACUAGGCCGCGGGAAGCUUAGCCCCAGCCCAGAACCGUCUGGAGAGAGGCAGGAGUUUUACCACUGCCCCUUCCCUUCUGCUCCACCCCCCACAACAGCUGUGGGCUGCUGUCCCUCUCCGAGCAACUCUCUGGGCUGCACCAAGCUCCUGUAACAGAGCAAGUGGACAUGAGCCAGACCUGCCCGAGUUCGGCAGGAGGAAGGCCAGCAGGUGCACAGGCAUUUGAAGGGGUCCCACCUUCUACAGAGCUUAAGGUUGUCCCGCUGUGCCAAACUGGCUCCUGUGAUCUUCAAAAACCCUACAGGGACAACCUGUGCUCAUUUACCAGUUCCGGGAAUCACCUGUAUAGAGAGCCAAUGCCUCUUGCCUCAGUGACAAGAUACACACCCUUUUCAGCGAACUGAAUAUCUCUCCUUGGUGUCCAGGAGCCAAGAAACAUUUUUUAACUGGGUAGAAUGUGACUGUGGUUUGAAAUAAAAGCUCCUGGAAAACUCUU